AUGGCCUCAAACCGAGGGAUUCAGAUCGGAUCCGCGUGGUUCCAGCGGAAGCUGAAUUUGAGGCCGCAACAUCGGGGCGUGCACCUGGUCACCGAAGAGAUCCUCAAGCAGGUGCCUGAGUUGUCUCAAUUCGCGGUCGGGCUCUGCCAUAUCCAAAUAAUGCAUACAUCGGCGAGUCUAGCGUUAAACGAAAGUUGGGAUCCCGAUGUUAGAGACGAUAUGGAGAUGAUGCUCAACAAAAUAGUGCCAGAGGGUCUUCCUUAUCGCCAUUCCUGCGAAGGUCCUGAUGACAUGCCGGCGCAUGUGAAAGCAUGCUUCUUGGGUUCAUCGCUGACCAUUCCCAUAACUGAUGGAAAGUUAAACCUUGGUACAUGGCAAGGAGUUUGGCUCUGCGAACACAGAAACCAUGCUGGUAGCCGAAAGGUAGUCGUAACACUAUCAGUUAGGAAAGGGGGGGGGUCGCGACCCCCCACACGCAGUCCCACUCGCGACCAUCCUCCAAGAGCACUAGGAGGUCCUAGAAAUUCACGUGUCAAAAAGAGGCUGUAA